UCGCGCGACGUGAGAAAUAUGAGCGUGGAAACGUAAUUGUGGGCCGUUUCUUUCGUCGGUGUCGCUCCGGUGGCGGUUAUUAUAGGUUAUAAACGCUCGCAUGUUUUAAUCCAGGCGGACGCGUACCUUUCACGAUCGUUCGCGGCAAAAUGAAUUUUUCCGGGAGCAACAUUAUUCAGGGAGCUCUUCCUCAGUUCUCAGAGUUAACGUCUCGACCGAACCAGGUCUCCGCAUCGAAAUUUACCAGCGGUGAUACCGUUCAAUUAGAACACGCGUCUGUUUAUACAACCGCCGCCGUAUCGAAUCAGACGAAACAAACUUUGUUGGUGAAUUCAACGAACAAAUACGCGGGACCAAUAAUCGCAUGGCCGGAUCCGAAUACGUUGAUGCAAUUCUGCGAAAAGCAGGGCAUUCAAGCCAUUAACAUUCCUAAUUAUAAUCAAAACAACUCGAUACUCACUGUUCAGGCGAACAGUUUACCCGUGAGAAUCAUACCUAAUAUGUACUUGCCUUCAACCUCGCAACCGGAGACCGUUAAACACGACAUAGAUGUAAGGACAGAAAGCGAGAUGAAAACACCCACCAUGCAAGACUCUUCUCAAGUUCAGCUUCAACAGCAAAGCGCCAUGGCCGAGUAUUUCCAAAAGUUACAAGCCACUACUCUUCCAUUGACGUUGCAGCAGUUGAUUAAAUUGCAAACGGAACAAAUGAAGAAAGAGAAAACGGAGGAGGAGAAGGUGGAACACACGCAGAACAAUAUUCUCAACAUUCCUAGUGUUCCAGUGUUCAGAAACACUCAGAUACAAAAUGGAAAUACUUUCAUGAAUUCCGAUCAAAUGUUGACUACGAUCAAUCCGAACGACCUAAACGUGCAUAUAGACAACCAGCAGGAAAACGAAAACACUGUGCAGAGCAUCAAAGUCGAGCAACAGAUACAGACGGACUCGCCUAAGACCGAGAAGAAGAUGAAAUUCAGGGCCAAAACCGGGGAAAUCAAGAUCAGCGUUGCCCUGGACGGUUCGACGAUUUAUUGCUGUCCAGAGUGUAACUUAGCGUUUUCAGAUAAGGCUGAGGUCGAGCAGCACAUACAGGCUCAUAUUCAAGAACGUAAGUAUCAAUGCAAGGAAUGCGGCGCGAUGUUGAAAAGAAAAGAGCACCUCGAUCAACACAUGCGUGGGCACUCGGACGAAAGGCCGUUCAAGUGUCCCGUGUGCCAAAAAGCGUUCAAGAGAAACGAACACUUAACGAGGCAUUACGUUAUCCACUCUGGCGAUAAGAAUUUCAUGUGCUCGGUAUGCCAGAAGGCCUUCUCCAGGAAGGAUCACUUGAACAAACAUACUCAAACGCAUUUAGGAAUCAGACGGAACAGAAUAAAGAAGGAAUCGUUCUUUGUCGAACAGAAAGAGCCGUUCGAGAAGGCUAACGAAGUUUCCGCAAUGCCUAAACAGGAAGUGAACUUUGUACUGAAAGACGGAUACGCGAAACAGGAACCGAAUUUCCUGCAGUACAUACAAAAUCUUCAGAAAGAUCAGAACUUGAUACACACGUUUUCCUCGUUUAAAGAACAGGCGAUCAAAGAAGCGAACGUUCUGCAGCAACAGGCUGUCAAUAUGAACGAAAUUCUGCCUCAAAAUACAAGGUACUUAAUGCCAUCUUAGUCAUAAAUCAAUCUCGCGUAAAUCCAAAGCAAUAAAGGCUGUUUACGAAGUGCGUUGAGGUUAGCACAAAUAGAAAAUUCGUUAGACACAUUAGGAAUUGGAGCAUCCCUUAGAACUUGAAUUUGAAUAAAAAAAGAAGACUAUUGGCGAAGGACUAAAAGUUUGAGGUGCAAUUUAAUAAAUUUACGAAAUUUGGUGGCGACUGAAUCAACGUUAACUUGAUUUUUAACGAAGUUAAUGCUUCGUCUAAUUUCUUUCUUG